CUCGGGGCACAAGACGGGAGACACCCUGGACGGGGUGCUAACACAACGCAGCGCACAACCGCACACACAUUCAUACACUACGGACAAUUUGGAAAUGCCAAUCAGCCUACGUGCAUGUCUAUAGAAUGGGGGAGGAAACUGGAGUACCCGGAUGGAACCCUCGACGCACGGGAAGAACGUACGGACUCCGCGCACACAGGGCGGAGGUAAAGUAAACGAAUGAAACCAAAGAGGAGAUUGUGAGUUCGCCUGAGAAACCCUGAUCUCUGAUUUUACUUCAGUCCACCUCUGUGCCUUUUAUAGGCUUAGCUAGAAGGACCUGGCUUGCGCAAUUUUGCUGGCAAUCUGGCAACCCUGGCUGGCAGUAGAGCAGAGAUCUCGUCGCCUGGCAGAUUGCGGAGGAAGGAGGAAGGCUGCUGAGGAUGAGUCUGCAUCACAUCACAUCACAUAACAUAACAUAACAUAAGAGGAAUAUCAUAGCUAUAGAUCUAGACACCGUGUUUAGUCUUAGGGCUAGCUCUAGUUUGAUUAUUUGCACGGAUAAGGAGUGAUCCACAGUCCCCCAAGCAGGCAGGAUGGGGAACCGGGGAAUGGAGGAUCUGAUCCCGCUGGUGAAUCGGAUGCAAGACGCGUUCACAGCCAUCGGACAGAAUGCGAACUUGGACCUGCCUCAGAUCGCAGUGGUGGGCGGCCAGAGCGCCGGGAAGAGCUCCGUGCUGGAGAACUUCGUUGGGAAGGACUUCCUUCCUCGCGGUUCAGGCAUCGUCACACGCCGCCCCCUGGUCCUGCAGCUCAUCAACUCCCCCACAGAGUAUGCAGAGUUUUUGCACUGCAAGGGGAAGAAAUUUACAGAUUUCGAUGAAGUGCGGCAGGAGAUCGAGGCGGAGACGGAUCGUGUCACUGGGCAGAAUAAAGGCAUUUCUCCAGUCCCUAUUAACCUGCGUGUCUGCUCCCCUAAUGUACUGAACCUGACUCUGGUGGAUUUGCCGGGAAUGACUAAAGUGCCGGUCGGCGACCAGCCGGUGGACAUCGAGCACCAAAUCAAGGAAAUGCUCAUGCAGUUUGUUACGAAGGAGAACUGCCUGCUGCUGGCCGUAUCUCCUGCUAACUCCGACCUCGCCAACUCCGACGCUCUGAAGAUUGCCAAAGAAGUGGAUCCGCAAGGUCAGCGCACCAUCGGUGUGAUCACCAAACUGGAUCUGAUGGAUGAAGGAACAGACGCUCGAGAUAUUCUAGAAAACAAGCUGUUACCACUGCGCCGAGGCUACAUCGGUGUGGUGAACCGCAGUCAGAAAGACAUUGAUGGGAAGAAGGACAUCACUGCCGCUAUGGCUGCUGAGAGGAAGUUCUUCCUGUCGCAUCCUGCAUACAGACACCUGGCAGAUCGUAUGGGAACGGCUUACCUGCAGAAAGUCCUCAACCAGCAACUAACCAAUCAUAUCCGAGACACACUGCCCGGACUGCGCAGUAAGCUCCAGAGCCAGCUGCUGUCCAUCGAGAAAGAGGUGGAGGAGUACAAGAACUUCCGCCCGGAUGACCCAUCUCGCAAGACCAAGGCCUUGUUACAGAUGGUGCAGCAGUUCUCUGUGGAUUUUGAGAAGCGUAUAGAGGGCUCGGGUGAUCAGAUCGAGACCUAUGAGCUCUCAGGCGGAGCGAGGAUCAACCGUAUCUUCCACGAACGCUUCCCUUUCGAACUGGUCAAGAUGGAGUUUGAUGAAAAGGAGCUGCGCAAGGAGAUCAGCUACGCCAUCAAGAACAUUCACGGCAUCAGAACUGGGCUCUUCACCCCGGACAUGGCCUUUGAGACCAUUGUGAAAAGGCAGAUCACGAAGAUUAAAGAGCCUUGCCAGAAAUGCGUGGACAUGGUCAUUUCUGAGCUAGUCAAUACUGUUAGGCAGUGUACCAAGAAGCUGGCCCAGUACCCCAUGCUGCGAGAGGAAAUGGAAAGAAUCGUCACUCAGCACAUCCGUGAUCGUGAGAGUCGCACCAAGGAUCAGGUGAUGCUUCUUAUUGACAUCGAGCUGGCUUACAUGAACACCAACCAUGAAGAUUUCAUCGGAUUUGCCAAUGCACAGCAGAGAAGCAGCCAAAUGAGCAAGAAGAAGGCGGCUGGCAACCAGGGGCAGGAUGAGAUCAUGGUUAUCAGGAAGGGCUGGCUGACCAUCAACAACAUCAGCAUCAUGAAAGGUGGCGCUAAAGAGUACUGGUUCGUGCUGACGGCUGAAUCGCUCUCCUGGUACAAGGAUGACGAGGAGAAAGAGAAGAAGUACAUGCUGCAGGUGGACAACCUGAAGCUGAGAGACGUGGAGAAGAGUUUCAUGUCCAGCAAGCACAUCUUCGCCCUGUUCAACACCGAGCAGAGGAAUGUGUAUAAAGACUAUCGUCAGCUGGAGUUGGCCUGUGAGAGUCAGGAGGACGUGGAUGGCUGGAAGGCCUCGUUCCUCAGAGCCGGUGUUUAUCCAGAGCGUGUGGUGAGUGAUGCGAGCGAGGAGAACGGCUCGGACAGCUUCAUGCACUCCAUGGACCCCCAGCUGGAGAGGCAGGUGGAGACCAUCCGCAACCUGGUGGACUCCUACAUGGGCAUCGUCAACAAGACCGUCCGUGAUCUUAUGCCCAAGACCAUCAUGCACCUCAUGAUUAACAACACGAAGGAGUUCAUUAACGCGGAGUUGUUGGCUCAGCUUUAUUCCUGCGGUGAUCAGAACACUCUGAUGGAGGAGUCGGCCGAGCAGGGUCAGCGUCGGGACGAGAUGCUGCGCAUGUACCACGCGCUCAAAGAAGCCCUCAGCAUCAUCGGAGACAUCAGCACCAGCACGGUGACCACGGCUCUGCCUCCACCCGUCGAUGACUCGUGGCUACAGGUGCAGCGCAUUGGCUCUGGGGGAAGGUCUCCAGCUACCAGUCCCACCCCUCAGAGACGAGCCCCUCCUCCAGGUCCCCCAGGCCGCCCUGUUUCUCGUGGCUCCGCCCCAGGCCCUCCUGCUGCUGGUGGGCCUCCUUUGCCGUCUCGCCCUGGGGCGUCUCCGGACCCGUUUGGAGGCCCGCCCCCUCAGGUGCCCUCCCGGCCUAACCGGGCCCCUCCCAGCGUACCCAGCCGACGACCCCCGGCCUCACCCACCCGACCCAUGUGAUCCACAGACUCCUCCCUCUAGACUAUUAGCUCCUCCCACCAGACCUAAGGGGACAGACAUCCAGGGCACCUAGAUCCCCUUUAUCCUCUUCUCCUUCAGAUUCACUCCAGCAUGAACACACACACACUUCACACACACUACACAGGGUUCCAUGUCAUGUUGUUUUCUUUCUCGUUAUUAUUUUACUCUCUCUACAUUUCUUUCUCCUUCAUGUUUUUCUAACGAUCCUUGACUUCUGUUGUGAUUUUUUUUCCUUUUCUUUCUGCCGAAUGAAAGUUCUUUUCUGAAGCCGAUGCAUUAUCACUCCCAGGUGAUGACUGGAGUAACGAGUAUAACUGCAUCUAUUUGUGGAGUGCGCUUUUAUACACGUUCGUUUCCGUUACGUUAUUUGUCUUUGUUUUUGUUUUUUUUGUCCUUCUGUUUCUCGAGCAGCGCUCCUUGAAGUCACAGGCGGGAAGAUGACACCCCACUAAGCUGAAGGGUAAUAAACUUUACAGUGGUUCUGAUUUGACGACCAGAUUUUAAAAAUCACACACAUUUAGCUCUAAACGGUUCCGUUCGAUUGACGGUUUAAGUACAAUCCCAGGCUCUUGCCUUCCAGCCUUGCUGACUUUGGGGACGCCCUUUUACUUACUACUGCUUUAAUAUUACUUUCGUUAUUCACUCUUCUUUCUCUCUUUUUCCUCCUCGUGUUGCUCAGGCGGCCGAGCAGGGGCAGCCCUUCACACCCUGAGAGCCCUCUUCCUUCAUCUGACUCCUAACUACCCCGUCCUUUUUCCCUCUGCUCUUCUCCGACUUCUUUUACUUCAUUUUCUCUUCUCUUCUCUUUCUCCCUGUCCCCUUUAUCCUCGUUUCUUCGUCUCCCUUCUUUCUUGCUCUUUCGUUUUCUCUUACUUCUCUUUCUUUUUCAGUUCGGUCUCUUUUCUACUCUCCUUUUUACUUGAUUUUAUGUUCUCGUCUCGUCUUUAUUUCUCUUCCUUUUGGUUUAUUCUCUUCUUCCUUCCUGCAUUUUCUUUCCCCUGUAUUCUUCGUUAUUUCUUCUUCCUCACCCUUCUUUCUCUUCGUCCUUGUCUUUUUCUUUUCUGGUACAUUCUCAUUCUCUCUCUCUCUCUCUCUCUCUUCUUGCAUCCUCCCCUCUUUUAUUUCUCUAUCAUUUUCUCUCCUUCCUUCACUUUCUUUCCUUCUUACUUCAGUUACCAUCUUUAUGUUCUUUGCUUUCCUUUUUUUUUUUUUUACUUUAUCCUUCCCCUUUUCUUUCCCUCCAUGUUCCUGAUCUACCUCCCCAUCUCUCCCACCUUUAUUUUGCUCUUCUUAUAUUUCCUUCUUCCUUUUUUCCUCUUCCAUUUUCGUUCCUUCCAUCACUUUUGUUUUUGUUACUUCUUCCUUCCCUCUCUCUUCCAUCCUUUCCUCUUCUUCUUCUUGGUCCUUCCUCUCAAACUCCCUCCAUGAUCACCAUUAGGCAACCCUAAACUAAACCCCACCAGCACAACUCACUCUCUCUCUCUCACUUACACACACACACACACACACACACACACACACACACACACACACACACACACACACACACACGACACAGUGAGGAGAGGCGGAAGAGAAAACCAGACCGAAACCCCUUCAGAUGCAACGCCUCUUCCUCAUUCCACCUGCUUCUUUAAAGGACAGAUGCUCUUCUACAUUCCACAUGAAGUGGAGGAGCAGCGACACCACCACCGUGCUGUGAGAGACGUGUAGUGUUCUUGUUGUCGUCGUCGUCUCUUUGCUUCUUCGCCGGAUUUUCUCCAAAAACCAUCUGGACUCACGUGAAGGCCAUGAACACUGUCUCGAUGUUUAACCUCUAUUGUAACGUACAUGUACGCUGUAGCCAAGGUUCCCUGAAUUCCUCAUCAUGUCCACGUCGUCACGUCCGUACCGAAACGUCCUGGACCGUGUACGUGUUCACCCUCGUGACAUUUCUCCAAGACGUCACUUUUCCACGUAGCGAAUGCAGUCACAUUUUUGCGAGGCGGGAUCUAUACAGAAAGUGCAAUAUGUCUACAGAUCGGUUACAAUUCACACCGUCUUAACACGUCGUAGACCCGAACUUCAAAAAGAUAAACGUGUACACGAAAUGUGCAACAUCUGUUUAACAUCAGCUACUCUUAUUCUCUGUGGGGGAGGGGGAGGGAAAAAAAAAAAAAAAAAAAAAAAACCAACAAAGCAUUGUAUCAUUACUAGCAUCUCUACAGGUGCUUAACUUCUUAAGUCGUUUAUGCAAACGUAUCAUCUUACUUGUGAUUUUAUGUGUUUGAUUUAUUGUCCAUUUAGAAAAUCGGGUUUCGAAGGGAUAAUUUAAAAGAAAAAUCAAAACGGACAAAUCUAGUCGAUCAGCCAGGACGUCUUUGGCGUCCGAAGUUUGCUUUAUUCGUUUAGCUAAAAACAAGCUACGAGACUAUUCUGGCAAAUGUAUUCCUGCACCGGUUUUACACACAGACCAUGCAAAUAUCUGUUCUGAGGAACGAGUUAUUAUACACAUCUAUUACUAUUUUAUACAGGCUAUACGAUCACAUAUGCAGUUCGUUAAUCCAACACGGUUAUUGCUCCUACGCUCUCGUGUUGUACGAGAGUACGGUUGCGGCACAAAACGCAUAUAAAUCGUAUGCUAUUUAAAUUAUGGACACACACUCCGUACAUAUAUUAUAUAUAUAUAUAUAUAUAUAUAAAUAAUAUAGCAUGAAUAUGGUGUUUAGCUAGAAAUAGGAAUUGAGCAAAAAAAAAAAAAACGCCACAUUGAUUAAGAUGUUGGUGUAUUGGACUGCAGUGCUUGCAUCGUGCUGCGGGAUACGUUUAGAUCUGAUAAGUGUAGUGUAAAAUGAUAUUAUUUAUUUAAAAAAAAAAAAAUGAAGAAAAAAAAGAAAAAAGGAUAGUUUCUGUUCUGAAAUCUGAGCCACGUUCGAAGCUGUGGUAAAAUCCUCGAUAUACACAUAUCAGCCAUCACAUUAAACCCAUCGACAGGUGACGUGAAUAACACCGAGUACCUCGUUACAGCGGCACCUGUCAGGGGGCGGGGUUUAUUCAUUAAGAAGGAAGUGAACAGUCAGUUCUCAAAGUUGAUGUGUUGGAAGCAGGAAAAAAAUGGGCAAGCGUAAGGAUCUGAGAGAUUGUGAUGGCUUAGAUGAGUGGGUCAGAGCAUCUCUCAAAAAAAAUAAAAUAAAUAAAAAUGGCUGACCGGUGUACACACACACACACACACACACACACACACACACACACACACACACACACGGCCGCAUCAUAAUAUUUCAAAUCUGUAUCAAUGUGAUUUAAACAAUAAAACCGUCGCGGCCGUUGUGCUGUCCAUAUAACGGCCUAAUCUUUGUCCAUGAUGUUGCUUAGCAACUAAAGCUUACUAUUAACAGACUACAUUACAUAGUGGAACAAUUAUUAGUCCUGUUUUUUUUUUUUUUUUUUUUUUUUUAAACAAAUGUAUUUUAUUGCGAAUAUUAUUCAUUUAUUUAAAUUUAUUGAACACUUAAGUUUUUUUGUUUUCAUAAAAGCAAUAAGCCACUCACAUCCUGCCUAAGAGCACCGUUCCAAAACGAGCACGGCUCAUUUUGGAGCAACUCCUUCAAGAAGCGAAACGUGUGGAGGAACUCUACUUAAAUCGAGACUUAACGGGAAAGAAUUUAAGCUACGAAAAAUUCGCUUCGCCGCACCAAGUAAAGAAGCAAACUUCAGACACCGAACACGUUUUGAUCUGUGGAAAGUGGGGGAAAAAAGGUGUCCGUUUGAUUUUCAGUGAUUAUUCCUUUCGAAAACACUAGCUACAAAUAAGCUGGUCUAUGCAUAGAGGUCUUACGCUGCCUUCAAAUCCUGUCAGUAAUAUCGUAAUCACCAGGUGAACACACUUGAACGCCACGACAAAGCCGUAAUUACUACACGGGAACUUGUAAAUUUCUCACUGAGUCCCAAUUGCCCGUCCCCCCAAAAAAAAAAAAAAAAAAAACACUUGAACACACCACGUUGUAAUCAAGACCUCCAAACUCAUAUGCACGAAUUUCCCAGGAGGACUUGAAGGCAGCUUUAAUCAUUUGCUCUUAAGAAAACGGUCUCAACCCUUCAUCAGUGUGUAUGUGUGUCGUAACAAACCUGAUCGUACUCACCUGUCGCGCAUGUCAACACGACCCUCUGUGUACGCAAUGCGCCCUGCCAAGGCAAUAUUACAUCACCACCUCUGCAUCGUCCUCAUCGUCGGCACUUUUACACCUUCCCCCACCUCCACGCGUAAUCUCAGAGGGUUCAGUAAUCCCAAAUAUUUGGAAGGAUUCUUUAAGAGUAAAACUGUUCAUCACGGCCAUAUCUUUCAGCGUGUUGUAUAUCUAUGUGGUGCGUUAACGGAAAUCGUGCUUCCACUGCUUUAGAGACUAGUUUAGACCUGUAUGGAUAUUUAAUUAUUGUAUUAAAUUAUGUGUGACUUGAGUAACUUAUAAAUGAAUAAUAAUAAUAAUGAAUAAGAAAAAAAAACAAAAAAAAAAAACAGGAGAUGAUGCAUCAUCGAGUGGUGAGAGACGGAGGAACGGACUUCGGUAGCGUGUAGAGACGUCCAGUCGUCGUGCCGCGAGGACGAAGCGAACGUGCGACGUUCGGAUACAUCCUGGUACUUUUACCGUGUAACGAAGGAGUCUGUCUCGCAGGACCGAUCUGUUCAAAACAUUAAAAUUCAGUGUACAUGGUUUUUUGACUGCUGUGGUUUUUGUCAAAUGUCACCAAUAUAUGAAAUUGUAAAUAUUGAGAAAUGACUGUAGGACAGGAGGAAGAAAACGCUUCAGGUCAUGCAGUUGUUGGAAAAUAAUCAACUUCGGUGAGGUGACGGGAACUUGGCUUAAAUCGCACGACUCCGUUGUUGAUUACUUCUCAAUAACAGCACAUCCCCGAGUGUUUCAAUCCCUACAUACUACAUAAACACACACAAAGAGAAACAGCAGCUCUUACUUUGCCCAGGUUUAUUUAGGAGGAACGGAAAAAAACCCAAAAAAAAAAAAAAAAAAAAACAA